UGUAUCAUUAUUAUUAUUAUUAUAUUUAAUAAGCUGUCGUGGUCGCGGAGAUGCCGGUGCAGAUCCCGGACGACUCAGACUUCUCCUCGUUCAAAGACCAGUGUCUGAGCUGUGACGGAUGGGUCAGCCGCUACAAUAAAGGAGGAGUGACGGUGUGGUGUCGCGAGGAGGAGAGCCGGACUGUCCAGAAACUCAAGAUGAGGAUCGUGUGUAAAGACGUGACGGCAGAGACACUGUACGACGUCCUCCACGAUACCAGCUACCGCAAGAAGUGGGACACCAACAUGAUCGACACGUACGACAUCGGGAGGCUGACGGCCAACGCAGACGUGGGAUAUUACUCCUGGAAAUGUCCGAGUCCUCUCAAGAACAGAGACUUUGUGACCAUGAGAUCUUGGCUUCCUCUCGGCAACGACUACCUGAUCAUCAACUACUCCGUCAAACAUCUGCAACAUCCUCCCAAGAAGGACUACGUCCGAGCAGUGUCCCUGUUGACCGGAUACCUGAUCCAGUCCAACGGAGCCAGCUGCUCCACCCUCUACUACCUUACCCAGAUGGACCCGCGAGGUUCGUUACCAAAGUGGGUGGUCAACCGAGUGUCUCAGUUUGUGGCUCCAAAGGUGAUGAGGAAGAUCUACAAGGCGUCUCUAAAGUACCCGGACUGGAAGAGGAAGCACAACCCGAGCCUGAAGCCGUGGAUGUUCCCGGAGCAGAACGCGCUGCCGUGCAUCAGCGUGUCGGAGCUGAACGUCCAGAGAGCCGACUCUCUGGAGAACAUCGACGAGAGUGGCCUGAGCGAGGACAAGACGCACCACAGCGAGGACGAGGAGACUUAAGAGGACUCACGGUCUCACUUCCUGUUUGUUGAUCUCUCUGAUGAGAGCCCACAGACCGCUUCUUCUUCUUCUGUUGUUUUACACCAACAUGCUCAGUGUUACUCCCAUUACUCCAGAUCAAUAAAGACACCUGGUCAGGUGAGACAGAGAUGAUGUCAUCAUUCAAGGUGUCCUGCUCAGGUUAAAGGCUGGAGAC